AUACAUCAAAAGGAUCCUUCUCUUGGAAACAGUGUCUUAAAUACUCUUUAAGAAAUAAACUGACUCCAAAAGAAAAUAUCAUUUCUCUAUGUGAUAAGCAAGCAGUUCAUUUGGAUUUCCUCGUGGAUUAUAACGGAAACUAUAAUGAUUGUAUGCCACUAAAUUCAACCAGUUGACAUUAUUAACUUUUAUGUUAUCUUCAAGACUUGUGACUAGUGAUUCAUCUUUUCGAAACAAUUACAUUCUGGGUGAGAAAGAAAUUGAGUGCAAGAAGAAUGGGAGACCGACGUGCCAGUAGGCGCAUGUCUAUGGCGAGUUUUGGGAGAGUGGAUACUGAAGUAAAGCGUCAGAGUCGUCGUGGAUCCGUCGCCUCAACAUCACCAGACGAAAUCACUAAACUACUUUCUCAGCAACGCAAGACCAAAAAGGAUGAAGAAGCCAAGGCUGUGGAGAAAGAGCAAUCAUUGGCAUGGAAGGUUCUCACCAACUCACAAGUCCAAUCAUUAUUGGCAUUAGAAAUAGAAGAUGUUGAAAAGUCUUUGUCUGAGAUCUUGUCACUCUCUGACUUCAAAACAGACUUGAAAGAUGCAACUUUAUUAGAUUACUACACGUCUGCUUUCUGGUGGGCUAAAGAAGAAAACUUUGAUGCUCAGCAGGUCUCGGGGUUCUUUACUGUCGUACAUACACUCAUGGCAAACAUCAAAGAUAAUAUGACAGCUGCAGAAAAUCUGACUGAAUUGAGGAAAAUGAUGGUUGGUAUUGGUACCAAUGUGGAUGAAGCUAAUGGAGGUUUAGACUUUCUGAGCUUAAAGCAGGCCAAACUCAUUACCAGCUUCUUAGAAACUACAUUAUUCCAGCAUUACAGUCUGUAUCAGUUCCUUCAUCAUGGUGAAAGAGAAGAACAAAUAAUUUGCACUGAUCUGUGUGUUGAGACAUUACCUGCCGCUUCCAUGCCAUACCCUCCUCCUUUGGAAGAAGGAAUUGAAGAAGCUGUCUAUCUCAGCCACAUCGCCCCACCCCCUCAAGAAACAAAAGAAGAAGAGGAGGCAGCGGAUGAGAAUGCUGACGAGAAGGUUCCAGAGAUAACUGGAGAUGACAUGAAUGAACAAGGUGAUGGAGAUGAGGUAAAGGAUGUCCUAGCUGGAGUAACGGUAGAGGAAGUCAAGACUGUCUUUGAUAAGGUGGCAAAAGAAAUGUUUGCUGGGCUACAGGUUGAGGUUGCACUGAAACUGAAAGAGAGGGAAGCAGAUAUAAUCACAAGGAUAAACAGAAUACACAGAAUAGCUGAAACAUAGUACACUGUCCUGCAAGACAAGUACAGUAUAUUUCAUUUACCUGUAAUUAUUCUAUGACAAAUCCUUUGGGGUUUGAAAUGGUAUUUUCUUGCUUAAGAAUUGGCAUAUUCUUGAUCCCUGUUCUUUUUGUUCAUUGACAUGAUUUGAUAGAGGGUAAAUACCACCGAGGUUUUAUGGAUUGGUACAUAAUACCACAAACAAGUCAUGUUAUUGUACAGUACGAUAGUGUCAAUGUACAAGGACUCCUGUAUAGAAAGACCAUAUACAAGGAAAAUGGGGUCUUUGGACAGGUUCCUAUAAUACAUGUUUCAAUGGGGAAUUCAAUUCCAGGGGAAACAAAUUUGUGGUCUUUAUAGACUGAUUGUCUGUCUGUGUAGGUGCGUGCUAUAGCAGAUGUGUCUCUGUUCCAAAAUGUGUUUCAUUUGUAAUUAUAUCCGAGCAAUUCCAUAAAGUUUCUCAAUAAUGCAGGAUGCGCCCCUAUUAAUAAAAAUAUAUGCAAGUGGAGCAUAUACUAGUAACCAUUUUAUUAUACCCCUGACAAAGAAAGGGAUAUAUAUAUAGGAAUCAGUCUACAGUUGUGUAGUCAGUUGGUGGUUCAUUGCAAAUGUUAGAAUGAUCAAAUAUUAAAAUGACCUACGCAAAGUUACAAAUACAUGAUUGUGGCAGCUCCCAGCACAGCUGAAUGCACAACGCUUGUAUACAUGUAUAUGCCACAUAAACUGAUGUACCUCCAUGUACCCACAAAACCCGAGUUUUGUAUCUGCAUCUGUGAUAUCUAUACUGUAUAUAUAGCCAUUUCUGACUUUGGCUCAAAUGAAUUUAAUCUGUGUUUGAAAUUUAUGAUCAUAACCAAGACGCUAACUAUCACACUGCAGAAUACUAUCAGAUACAGGAAUAAAGGAUGUCUAUACACAGUCGUUUGUAUGUCUUUUUUUUUCACACAAAAAAAUAUUAAAUUAUCAUUGGAAAGUAUGCUUUACGGAAUUGAAUCAUAUUUAUUUUGUCCCUAUGGUCUCCAAAUAAAGCAACUGAGCCCAAGGUUUGUUCUCCCCAGAAUUGUGGAUAGCAUUUGAUAUUGAAGAACAUGGAUUUUGUUUUUGUCCGAUUCACCAUUGAACCACUUUAGCACUGAGUUCUGAUACUAGUGUGAAGCAGAAUGUUACACCACUUGGGUGAAUGAAUGAAAUUGUGACUCAAUUAUUUUAACAAAGUUUGUUGUACAUGUAGUGUACCAAUUUAUAGAAAUGUAUUUUCUUCUGUUCUUGCACCAUGCAUUUUUUUUUUUGGGGGGGGGGUGUGUGAAGAACAAACAUUUAUUUAAAACUUAUUGUCAGUAGAUGUAUGCAACACUAUUCAGGUUUUUUAAAAAGAGGAAAUGUGAAGAAAAUGUUUUACUCAAUUAAAUAUCAAAGAAAAUGAAUAGUGUGUUGGCCGGUUGUCACAAAUUUGUGACGGGAACUGCAUGAUAUAUUGUGAUUUCUUCUUUAGUCUUCAAAUUCAAUUAAGGAUUAAUAGUGAUAUUUGUAUGCAAAACUUAUGUUGACUGUACAUAAAACAUUGUGUAUUCAUGUAAAUACUUGUAUGAAAAAUAAAGCUAUGUUUAUAUUGCAUUUUUAUUUAAAUUAUGUAGAUAUAUUUGAAGAUUGUUCUCAUUGAAGGGACGUUUUAUAAACUGGUAUGGUUGCAGUUAUAUAAUAACUUCUUACAAAAUGA